AUGGCGGAGGGGGUGCUGAGCCCCGGGGUGAACCUGGAGGCCUUCUCCCAGGCCAUCGCAGCUAUCCAGGCGCUGCGCUCCAGCGUGACGCGGGUCUUCGACUGCCUCAAGGAUGGGAUGCGGAACAAGGAGACCCUGGAGGGUCGCGAGAAGGGCUUCGUGGCCGCCUUCCAGGAGAGCCUGCACUCCGUCAGCCGCGACCUGGGUGAAUUGGAGCGUCUCAGCAACCUAGUUGGUAAACCAUCUGAGAACCAUCCCCUGCACAAUAGUGGACUGUUGAGCCUAGAUCCUGUUCAGGACAAAACACCUCUUUACAGCCAACUUCUUCAAGCCUACAAAUGGUCAAAUAAGUUGCAGUACCAUGCCGGGCUAGCAUCUGGCCUUUUGAAUCAGCAGUCUUUGAAACGUUCAGCCAACCAGAUGGGAGUAUCUGCAAAACGCCGACCAAAAGCCCAGCCAACAACUCUUGUCUUACCUCCUCAAUAUGUUGAUGAUGUGAUCAAUCGCAUUGAUAGGAUGUUCCCUGAAAUGUCUAUCCAGCUGUCCCGGCCAAAUGGAACCUCGGCAAUGCUUCUGGUUACCUUAGGAAAAGUGUUAAAAGUGAUAGUGGUGAUGCGGAGCCUCUUCAUUGACCGGACAAUAGUAAAAGGGUACAAUGAAAAUGUCUAUACUGAAGAUGGCAAGCUUGACAUAUGGUCUAAAUCCAACUAUCAAGUUUUUCAGAAGGUGACAGAUCAUGCGACCACUGCUCUAUUGCACUACCAGCUGCCUCAAAUGCCAGAUGUGGUAGUCAGAUCUUUCAUGACCUGGUUAAGAAGUUACAUAAAGCUGUUCCAGGCUCCAUGCCAGCGCUGCGGAAAGUUUCUGCAGGAUGGCCUGCCACCCACGUGGAGGGAUUUCCGAACACUUGAAGCUUUUCAUGACACUUGCAGGCAAUAGUAGUCCAGCCGUAGAGAGGCGAGGAGUGACCAAUCUGUCGGGCUCGCAAGAGAGCUGAUGGUUUAAUAGGUGGUUCCAUUUCUGAACCUUUCAUCCUGUACUAAGUAGUGAGGUUGCACCAAUACAUUUGAUUAUUUAAAAGCCAUCAGUCUGCAAGGUACAUGUGAGACUAGUGUAUUUCGAAGAAGAUGGUAAGAAGCAUCACUUGAUGCUUCUGAGGUGAAACAGUAUGUCUGGGGAGAUCUGACAUUAAUAAUCGUUAUUCUAAACCUUAAUGAAAAUACUUGUGUACAGUUUGUGUUUUGUGACAGAAUUUGCAAUGUUGAAGACUUUUAUAAGCUUGAAAUAAAUUUUGUA